AUGAACCCCUCCAAUGGCUCCUCGCUGUCCACUUCAAAGAGCAACUCGACGCUGCGCCCCCGAACUAAGCGACUGAUCUCAGUGGAAGACGACAUCUACGCGACUGAUGGUAGUGAUGGCGGAGCGAGUAGGGGCACAUCGAGGCUAGGCUCGCGGAAUCCAUCUCCUACUCCAAACGCACGCAUAGGCGCUGGCUCUUCCUCGCGCCUUAACGUCACUUCUACACCCUUUUCCUCUUUCCAAAGACCAUCAGGUACAUGGACCCCGAAAUCGCCUUCGCAGACACUGUCCGGGCUAUGGGGGAAUUCGUGGUCGGCUAUCCAGGGCAUUGCAGCGACCGUCUUGGCGAAUGAUGACACGGGAGACUCUGCCACGACUCGCAGGAGAAAACCCGGACAUGGACGGCGAACGUCUACAAGCGCACCGCCGCCAAAGAACUGGGGCCCGGAAGGGGCAGACUCGCAUGUUGGCACGGGCACACAUGAGGAAAGGGAGGCCCUGGUUCGGGCAAUGAAGCGCAAGGACCUCUUGACCGCUAACGAGCACAUGAUAUCGGAUUCCAUAGGCCGUAUAAAGCGGAGAAAUUCAGACGACCAGACGAGUGUUUCCGUACCUCCGGGUGAGAACGAGGACCGAGAUGCACUAGUGUACAUCCACCAUGUCCGGCCGCAGGACACGCUGGCUGGACUCAGUAUCAAGUACAACUGCCAGCAGGCUGUUUUACGCAAAGCAAACCGCAUGUGGCCAAACGAUAGCAUACAGAUCAAGAAGGAGAUAGUCUUGCCAGUGGAUGCUUGUGGGGUAAAGGGUCGGCCGGUCCCUGGGCCAGACGCUGCUCCUGCCGAGGAUCUGAUAAUUGGAGAAUUUGGCGACAGUUCAAGCAGCAAGGCCCCGUCUUCAGAUACCCAAGGUCUUCCGAAUGGCUGGACCACUCCAAAGAAAAAGGACCAGGAUACAGUCUCCAACCUUUCUUCAGAUGCCGAGGCCCCAUGGAAGCAUGAUUCUUGGGUACUACUUCCUAACGACACACAGCCUACUCAAAUUGCCCGUCUGCCACGUAGAGCUCUGGGCUUCUUUCCACCUGCAAGGCGGAAGUCCCUUGUCUAUUCUGACGCUUCCACACCUCGACCGUCCGUCGACCUACCUCGCUCAUCCACCUCCACGAAUCCACUCACAAGCUCUCCUUCGCAGUCUGUCCGACCGCGCGCAUCGAGUAAUCUUUCGUCUGCCUCAAUGCAAAGUCGUCAACGGAGCACGUCGGGCCAGGCGUGGGGCCUGCAUGGCCCAGGAGGCGUGGGUACAAUGGGGAAGAACGUGAGAUGUCCAGGACCUGCGCAGGAUAGCCUCAACAAGAAGUUUGCUCAAUACUUGCCCAAUAUGGCACCUCCACCUGGGCAAGAGUAUUUCACGCCGUGGGCGCCGAGCUUGCUGGAUGCAGGCGCAGGAACGUCGAGUCAAUAUGGCGGAUCCGGCGCCGUCACCCCACUCAGCGGCACUGGCUUGGAUUUCCAGGAACUUGGAGGUGCCAUAGAAGGCUGGGUUAGGAAAGUCGGUACACAGGCGCAGAAACUUCUAAACGAACCCGGAACACCAGGGCAGGGGAAACGCAGCGCUGUACCCGUGCUUGGUGCGGUUGGUGGCGACCUGAAUGACCUGAUUGAACUGCGAGAUGACGCGUUCGAAAUUGGGGAUGAUGAGAGAGACAGGGGCAGGUCGAGAGCAGAAGAGACCAUGGCAUCUACGGAGCGUUCUGUAUCCAGAUCUACACAGCAGUAUCAAUCCGCAAGACCGGAUUUCAAUCUUGUUCUCAGAGAUAGAACGAGAAAAGGCGAUGGUAGUAAGAAGGAUUGAAUCAAUAGAGGCAUUGGCGUCGCGGCGUCUUAGGUGUUGAUAUUAGCUGUAGUAGCUUCAUUAUUUUGAUAGCUCUCGGAAAAGAUGGGCUGAACAUCCAUAGAUUUGGGUAAUGCAGUGAUUUAUAUAUCAAUCAACCCCUGUAACUUUG